CCUUUAGAUUUGACCUCUGAGGAAACACUGCUUGAAUUGUGUGACUCGUUUUUGUAGAGGUAAAACCAAAAAUCACAAUGAAGCCAGAGGAUUCUGUUUGUGUGUCAAAGUUACUGCUGGAGAAGUUAGGGAUGACUUUCAGCAACUGCCACAGUAGUUUUUCCUCAAUAAAUUAAUAAGUAGAGUUAUAACCGUUAAAGUGUUUAUUAAAGCUGAUUWAAGUCAUAUUUCCUCAGGCUAAUGUUGAAGACUCGUUGGAAACACACAAUCUUGAGAAAGUAUGCAAAUUUCCCCUCUGAUUCAAACUCAAUGACACGUUUGCACUAGCUCCUGCUAAAAACAAAACAUAACAAAAACAAAUUGGGUUAGUUUUUUAAUGUCCACUCAAUAUUUUUGCAGAAAAUGCUUUUUAUUAUUUUAUGUCUCAUCACUUUCACUUGUCUCACCAAAGAACUGAUGUCAAGUGAACCAAUCUGGAAGGAGGCUCAUGCCUACACACACACAAACCCUGGGUUGUGUGCAUAAGUAAACACAGUUGCCCUAUAAAUGUAAAUUGCCGUCAAUGGUGCUGGAAUUCCUUUGCACUCAGUGACUGAGCUCCUUGCCCUCGCUCCGUCUCUCUCUCUGAACACUCCCCCAGCAGGUGCUUUCACUACAGCUUUAGCUUGCAGUUUUGCUUCAGGCUGUAUCUUCCAGGUAACUGUAAUUCUGCCAAAAACGGGCCUUCAAAGGAGGGGUCUCUCUGGCCUCGAACUGGGCGCUCGGCACCGACCUGCAGGAGGACGUGGGCUGAGGAGUCCCCGCUGCCUUGCUUCACCUCCGACCUCAGGUUGCACACAAACAUCGGCUCUGAGGUGAGCAUCGAUCGGAAAGCUUUGGCCUCUCCACGUCACAGCAUCUUUAAGAAAGCAGGCAUGUCACACCCGGUGGGGAGUUUAUCAGAGGAGUACGGGUCCAGAAUGGGGAAGGCCGAGGACUCCCUCAUUCUCCUGGAGCGAAACAGAAGCUCCGAGGACCCCUGGGAGAUGGUCGAGACCAAACCGAACAUCGAAGCCCUGGAACGAGGCGUCCCGGGCCUCUACUUCUCCUGCUACGACAUGCUUCUCACCGAAGAUGCCAGGUGGUUGUUGAAAGUUUCCGAUUCCCCCGCAACGCUGGCUAUACCCACGAAUCCCAUGGAGAACCUCGAGGCACCGGAGCAGUGCCCCAUCAUUGACAGCCAGGAGCAGGGCCUGUCUCCUGGGUUGGUGGGGCAGGAGGAGGAGCGGUCUCUGGAGCAGGUUCAGAGCAUGGUUGUCGGAGAAGUGCUGAAGGACAUCGAAACUGCCUGCAAGCUGCUCAACAUCACCCCAGAUGCUACAGAGUGGAACACAGCAAACGUCCAGAAGUGGCUGCUGUGGACUGAACACCUGUACAGGUUGCCUCACGCAGGGAAAGCCUUUCAGGAGCUGACAGGAAAGGAUCUGUGCGCCAUGAGCGAGGAGGAGUUUCGCCAGCGCUCUCCGCUGUGCGGCGACACGCUGCACGCACACCUGGACAUAUGGAAGUCAGCUGCCUGGAUGAAAGAGAGGUGCUCCGUYGUAGAGACCAAAGCUACAGGCCACGAGGAGCUGUGGUCCGAGGCGGAUUCGUCUUGUUCGGGUCAACCUAUUCAUCUGUGGCAGUUCCUCCGAGAGCUCCUGCUCAAACCUCACAGCUACGGACGCUGCAUCCGCUGGCUCAACAAAGAAAAAGGUAUUUUUAAAAUCGAAGACUCGGCCCACGUGGCGAGGCUGUGGGGCCUCCGAAAGAACCGACCCGCCAUGAACUACGACAAGCUGAGCCGCUCCAUCCGUCAGUACUACAAAAAGGGCAUCAUCCGCAAGCCCGACGUGUCCCAGAGACUGGUGUACCAGUUCGUCCACCCGGUGUGAGACUUCAGCGCACCGGGAGGAGGAAGGACRCCGGAAACAGCCAAACCAGACAUUUGCACUUCUUGAACCCCUAAAACGUGGCCUGAAACGUGUGACCACCCUCGGGGUCACUGCCAGCUCUGACGUCACAUCUGGCAGCAGCUGGAAGACAAAACUAAGUGACCAUGGAGGCUUUUUUUUUUCCUUUUUUUUUCCUGCUGCAGAAUCAAGCAAACACAGAUUAAAAUAAACGAACUGCCUUAUCGUUUGCAUGAUCUGCCUGCUUAUGUUUCCAUCGUGUGAUUCAUGCCACAAAACACUAACACCACCCGCCCCCAAACCAGCUGCAAACAAGUGCCCCUCGUCUACACUUGUCUUUUUUCGUUUCCGUCAUUUUCACUUCUACCAGAUAUUGUUGUGCUUCUGAGCCUGUGAGGCUGUGGCGUCGCACCUGAGAGGGAUGACUCAGCAGUUUGAUGGAUUCGGAGCCAACAGUGAGUUCCUCGGCCUCUUCUGCGGCCCGGCUGAUAAGGCCACUCUUGUGUCGUUUUGGUCUUCUUGGAGAGAAGUGAUGUUUGCUUCUUAAAGUGCUGCUGUGGAGAUCAAUAUGUCACUCUGUCAGCUCUGGUUGAGCUGUAAAUAAAAUCUUAAAUUGGGGAACAAAAGGACUCUAACCCGAAAGAAUAGGAAAACAUGUUUUUUUUUUGUUGUUGUUGUUGUCUUUUGUCUGUGGCAGCCAUUUUGACCUUGAAUUAUAAAUGUACACCCAAAUACUGGUUUUGAAAUGUUCCAAUAAAACCUGUCAUUCACGAAAUACUUUGCUGAUAAUGAUAAAGAUUUAGCAACAGAUCUUUUACCACAGUUAGUCCACAGAAUGAGGUGGGGAUGACUCUCAGCUGCUGCACCAGAUUUUUAGCUGAAUAUCCAGAAACUGACUGAGUUACAGCCACUUGUGUGUUCGCUAACAUCACUUAGCUGCGGCGGCCAUCUUGAUCCAAUCAACUAAAGAGCUAAUGAUCGCUGUACGUCUCAGUAAAAUUUUCUUUUUUUUCAUUCAGAUCCACUAAACAUGUUCUUGACUUCUUUUUAUUUAGUUUUGAUUGCAGAUUGCUUGAUUUUUCAAAUUAUACCCUGAAUAAUAAAGUCUAAAUAUUUCAGUUUUUGACUCCAUCUGUGCCACUAUAUUCAACCUUAAAUUCACUAUCAGUGCAGAACAUGUUGGACGUUAUCAAGCGGAGAAACAAGACAGAACAUUUAAUUUUCCUGAACAGAAUCUUAGUCAGUAAAUUUGUGUAUAUUGUUUAUAUUUGUAUAUAGUAUUAAUUGUUUUGUGUGUUUCAUACUAUUUGUGUUUUACUACACUGGCUUCCUGUUCUGUCUGCAUAUUCACCCGGCCUGGGGAGAACACUUUCCCCAAGCCUCAGAAAAGGAACAAUAAAACUAUUUUUGACCUGUACUUGAGUGAUAUUUCUUUUUUUUUUCUUGUGUAUAACCGUAUGACUCAUGCUUUCAGUCACAUUCUCUACCGCAGCUUUCAUUUUUUUUCUCAUCCAACAGGUUUUAAUAAUGUGUCGUAAUUAACUGUUUUCAUAGAGAUGAGUCAGAGAGUAAACAUUAGCCAGGACAGGGAGGACUUCAGCAAAAUGUAACAGGUUAUUCCCAGAAAACCUUGCCCCAACAUGUUCUGGUCAGGUUUUGGAGAUCACCUUACCAAAAAAAAAAAAAAAAAAAAAAAAAAAACAUGAACCCCUGCAAGGAUUUAAGAUCACAGCCAAUUUUACAUCUGCAUUACGUGUCUUGUUUGUGUUCCCAUUACAACAAUUCGUUUUAAAAAAAGAUGCAAAGCAUUGUGUUGUGCUCAUUGUGUGCAUUAAACCAUCAUUAAAGAUGUCAAACAAGAUAUAUUUUUUUACCAAUUCGGUGGAAAUUUUUCUUCCUGAACUCUUCUGUAACCUCUUAAAGGAAGUACU